CAACAGAACAUUACCAUCGACACAUUUCCACACACUUCUACGACAAACUCUUAUGUUUGCAACACUUGUGGAAAAAUAUUUCUACAAAAACAUUGUUUGAUUGACCAUUUCAAAGUGCAUUUGCGUGGAAAGCAACUGUCAUAUUACAAACACAAACUGCCGCCCCAGAGGUCUAAGCCAUCGAGGACUUUGAAGCUCAAAGGAACAAAACCAGAAACAUGCGAAACGUGUAAAAAAGUGUUUAGCAAACCGAAUAAAUUGAAACGACAUCAACUUAUUCACACUGGUGAAAAACCAUAUUGUUGCGAAAUAUGUCAAAAAAGGUUUACGACUAAAAAUAAUUUAGAUAUACAUAAGCGGACCCAUACUCGAGAACAGCCUUAUUCUUGCGAUGUAUGUCAAAAGAAAUUUUCACAAUCCAGCGCUUUAAGGACGCAUAGACGAGUACACACUGGUGAAAAACCAUACUUUUGCAAGUUAUGUAACAAAGCUUUCACGCAAUCGGGGCAUUUAAAGGCACAUGAAAGAAUUCACACAGGGUUCAAACCGCACUCCUGUCCAAUUUGUAUGAAACAGUUUGCCGAAAACAGCAAGUUAGAGUUGCAUAAACUAAUACACACAGGAGCCAAACCGCGUUCAUGCGAAAUAUGCGGGAAAAAAUUCAGGCAAAUAGCUCAUUUAAAUCGACAUCAACUCUCACACACGGGCGAGAGACCAUAUUUCUGUGAAAUAUGCGAAAAGAGAUUUGGCGACAGUAGUCAGUUGAGACAACAUAAACUAAUACACAAGGGAAAUGAAAUAUGUAAGAAGCAGUUCAGUGGAUCCGAUAAUUUAAAGAAACACAUAAGAAUUCACACAGGCGAAAAGCCUUAUUCCUGUGAAAUAUGUAAAAAACGCUGUUCGGAAAAGGGUUCCUUAAAGAUACACAUGCGAACCCACACUGGAGAGAAACCUUUCUUUUGUGAAAUAUGUCCAGAGCGGUUUGCCUACACCAGUAGUUUACAGGCACAUAUGCGAUAUCAUACGCAGGAAAUGUUUUCUUGUGGAACCUGUUCGAAGCAAUUUUCUACAUCGAGGGAUUUGAAAAGACAUGAAAAAAUACACACAGGAGAGAAACGAUACUCAUGUGAUGUAUGUACACGAAUAUUUCAUGACAGACAUUCUUUAGUGAGACAUAUCCGCGCCCAUGAGCAUUCCUUCGGGAAGAAAAAACGAUCAUAAAGUACAAUUAUUCUUUUCAUAAC